CGCUUGCGCAGGAAGGAAGGCCGGGGAGAGGGGGGAAAAAAGAAGGCCGCUGCCGGCCGCCCCUCCCCUUUUUGAGUGACUCAGUCGCCUCCGCCGCCCUUCGCGGUGCGGGCCCGGCAGGGGUGGGGGGCCGUGGAGAUGCCGCGGGUCUACAUCGGACGCCUCAGCUACCAGGCCCGGGAGCGGGACGUGGAGCGAUUCUUCAAGGGCUACGGGAAAAUCCUCGAAGUGGAUCUCAAGAACGGGUAUGGGUUUGUUGAGUUUGAUGAUGUGCGAGAUGCUGAUGAUGCUGUUUAUGAACUAAAUGGCAAAGACCUUUGUGGGGAACGUGUCAUUGUUGAGCAUGCCCGAGGCCCUCGUCGUGACAGCAGUUACGGUUCUGGACGCAGUGGAUAUGGUUAUAGAAGAAGUGGAAGAGAUAAGUACGGUCCUCCGACCCGUACUGAAUAUAGAUUGAUCGUUGAAAAUCUGUCAAGCCGUUGCAGUUGGCAAGAUUUGAAGGAUUAUAUGCGUCAGGCAGGUGAAGUGACGUAUGCCGACGCACACAAAGGGAGAAAGAAUGAAGGGGUGAUUGAGUUCAAAUCCUACUCGGACAUGAAAAGAGCAUUGGAAAAGCUGGAUGGGACGGAAGUAAAUGGUAGAAAGAUAAGGCUGGUUGAAGACAGGCCUGGGUCGAGACGCCGCCGCUCUUACUCUCGAAGUCGAACUCAUUCAAGAUCUCGCUCUCGAAGCAGACACUCUCGUAAAAGCAGGAGCCGUAGUGGCAGUAGCAAAAGCAGCCAUUCAAAAAGCAGGUCACGAUCCAGGUCUGGAUCCCAUUCCAGAAGCAAGAGCCGUAGUCGGAGCAAAAGCCACAGUGGAGGCCAAAAGGAAAAAAGCCGGAGUCCGAGUAAAGACGACAAGAGCAGAAGCCGCAGCGGAAGCGCGGAGAAAUCCCGCAGCAAAAGCAAAGACAAGCCCGAGGAUGUGGUUCAAAACGAUGAAGACGAGCAGGCAAAAAGCAGGAGUCCCAGCAAGGAAAAGAGUAAGAGUAAAAGCAGGAGUAGGAGUGGUAGUAAAGAGAGAGCAGAAGAAGAGGAGAGGGGGAGCGUAAGGGGUAGUAGGAGUAAGGAAAGAGAGAAGAGUGUCAGCAAGGCCAGGAGCAGGAGCCAAGAGGGGAGCAGGAGCCGCAGCCGGAGCAAGAGUAAGGACAAGAGAAAAGGCAGGAAGCGCAGCAGGGAGGAGAGCAGGAGCCGGAGCCGCAGCAGGGGCGAGCGGAGCAAGAGGCGGAGCAAGCGAGACAGCAAGUCUAGCAGCAGCAAGAAGAAAAAGCGAGAAGACCAAGAGCGGUCCAGGUCUAGGUCUAGGUCCCGCUCUCGCUCCAAAGAAAAAGAGCGCAUAAAAGCAGAAUCUGACAAAAAGGAAGCCAAAACAGAGGGUGAGGAAAUGGACACCCGUUGCAAAUCCCGGUCGAGGUCAAAUUCCAAGUCUAAACAAAAUGUCAAAUCAGAAUCUCGCUCCAGGUCCAAAUCGGUUUCGAAAACAAGGUCCCAGUCCAAAUCUAGAUCGAGGUCUGCCUCUAGAUCACAUUCCCGAUCGAGGUCCAGGUCUCGUUCCAGAUCCUAAACUUGCUGCAACCCCACACUUAGAGCUCUGAAAGAGAGAAAUCCUUUUUUUUUUUUUUUUUGUACAUGUUUGGUAGUUGUAGCACAAGUGAUUGGAGUAGAACACAUGGCACUGCUGUACAUUUUUUAAAAAUCCCCAUAUUGUGUCUGUAAUUGUUUGGCCUGGUGCUCCCUCUCUACUUUUUCUGGUCUGAGAGGUUGAAAGCUUUGUGCUAGCACCACAAGCCGGCCCCUGGGGUUCCCAGAACAGCCCUAAAAACGAACAUUGCAUUCUUGAUGGGCUUCUCAGAUUGGAAUGAUGACUCCUAGGUAGGUAUGGUAACGUUCAACAAUUUCUCCUUAAAUUUGAUGCCCCUUGAUGUAUAUGCCAUUUAGUGAAAAGUGCAAGAGUCUUAAAUUUCAUAUUCCUUUUCCACCCCUUUUCAUAUAUUUUGGACUUGCAGAGUUGUGAAUAGCGAGAGUCAGGAAAAAAUAGAUAACAGUAAAACCAUAGGAAAGGAAGCAAAAAAAAAAAGUAGAGUUCCACAUUCUGGUAUUGUGACAAUAUCCUUGUUUUAUAUUUUUUUAUUUUUCCCCGUCUUGCAAAAGUACCGUGACCCCUGUUUCCAUUAAAUUUGAAUAAAGACUAUUUUUGCUUGA